UCAGAUAAACCGCCUGAUUCAAAAGCAAAGUUUCGCCGGCAUGGAAGGUACAAACGGAGUCCGGGUUAAUACUUCAAUCGCAAAAAUCUUAUACGUUUUGCUGGCUGGGACUUUGUGUUUGGCAUUCCUGGGGAUCCACGUGGCGGGCAAUUGGCUUCAGGACUUUGUGAUUAGUUUACACAUGAACUACCUGGAGCAGCGGGCACGUUCGCACAUUCCGGAUUCUUUGGAGAGGGGGAUCAAUAUAAUAGUGGGAGUCUACAUGGCCAUCCUGUAUGUUCUUUUCCGGGUGAGGGAGCAAAUGCGGCUGCAGAACCUGGAAGAAAUCCGCCGACAGCAGCAGCUUGAGGAUCUCUUUCGAGCCGAGUCGGAGUUCAUAGGACACUUGCGAUCCCAAGACAUCAAACUGGAGGAUCUUACUUUGGAAUCGAGCAACGCAUAGCCGUCUUCACUAGCACAUUCAGGAGCCAAUCAAAUACAUAUCUCGUUAAUGCCGCCGCUUCGGACAAUGUUAAUGCUGGAUUCACAGUAUGAAUGUAUAUAUAUAUAUAGAUCGCACGGCUUGAUUGUCCAGAAUUGAAUUCAACAUUUGCCCGCCGAGCCGUGCGCUACACCUACACUGUUCAAUUACCCGACCGAUCCAAUAAAAUCCUCCUCGGCCGAGUUGAACGUGCCCGACUGACAUUACUACACACCACUUAUUGCACAUGUGUGUGUACUUGCGUACUACGAACUGUCGGAUUGUCCAUUGUUUGGUUCUGCGCAUGAGUAUAUUUUUAUCGCGCACUGUGCCCCUUCCUUGGCCACCACACGGAUUGUGUGCACUUUUUUCAGUUUGAAAUAAA